AUGUCCAGUGAGGGUCCGGGAUUCAGGCCUGGCGAAGUCGUCGACUACCACGUUGUGUGGUGGAUUGUCUUCUGUUCCUUCCUCACCAGUCUCAUUGGUGAUGUCGCCACGGUAGAGAUUCUUCAUCGUCGCCGCGGCCAUGGCUGGCGGAACUUCCUCACCCUUCUCGCGCCUGCUGUGUCCUUCGGCCUAGUUGGUAUCUGGUGCAUGCACUUCGUCGGUAACCGUGCGAUUGAAAUGGGAGAUGGUCAUCCGGCUAUCCAACUCUAUUACGAUCCGCGUUACACGGCGCUCUCGGUUUUCUUACCUAUUGGUUUCCUCUAUGUCGGUUUCGCGUUCGCUGAGCACUUUAAUCGCUCCAGGACUAGUAUGUAUCUGGCACUGGUCGUGACCGGCAUUUUGGCUGGCCUAGCCAUCGUCGGCAUGCAUUACAUCGGCAAUCUGGGAACGACCAACUACCGCCUAAACAAUAAACCCAAGAACAUCUGCGGAGCUUCGCUGAUUGCCGUCUUCGCUUGUUGGCUGUCCUUCACGUUGUUCUUUCACCAGAGGGAGCACUGGAUUAACAGUUUCCCUCGUCGGUUCCUAUGUGCUUGUUUGCUUGCAGUUGCUGUCUGUGGUAUGCACUGGACCGCAGCGCAGGGCACCAAGUACGAAUUGAGGGAGUACUACCAUGGUGAUCCUGCACACCGGAACAACAAUUUGAUCGUCGCAGUCGUUUUGUCCUUCAUCGUCCUGUUCGUUUUCUGUCCUUUACUGGUGUGGCUUGGCAACAGGCGCAAGAAGCAAUUGGCAGACCGCGCGCAACACGUUGUCCUGGCGUCAGUGACUUUCGAUAUGGAGGGAAAGAUUCUCGUUACCCAGGAAGGACUCUUGCCGUCCCAAAAGAUCACUCGCAAGUACAACCAGAGGACUUUCUCUGACGAGUUUAACAUUGCGCAUCCGGUUUUCCAGUGGAUUUUUCGUGUCUCCCAUAAUUGGUCCAGUGUCGUUGAGCUCAUUGGACCGAUGCGCAGCCACUUAAGAGCCAUUGGUAGUCUGAAGGAUCCAUCGGCCCCUAGUAGUCGGGGAAAGUCAGCGGUGCAUGGUGUCGAGACGCCCAAACCUGAGGUCGAUUACAGUGUCAUCUUCCGCGAACACUUCUGCGUUGCUGCUUCGGAAUUGGCCUCUGCUUUGGACACCAGGAUGCAGAAUCUCGGGAAACUUUGGGAUGGCAUUUUGACAACUGGAACCACGGCUAAGGAGGUUAAGCGUAGGUCUUCCAGACAGGCGGCGAGCCCGGAUCCUGAAGCUGGCAUCUCUAUGCCUACUCUCAACCUCGUUGGCCGGGGCCAGCUAUUGUUCCUUGUCCGCAUGGUCGAGAAAGAAGCGUCUCAGAAGCUUGUCAAUGAAGGGUUCCGUUGGGCGACGAUGGACCAGGUUGGCGGCAUGCUCGCUAGCAGCUUGCAGGUCUCCCGCAAAGAAAUCAGCACCACUGUUGAGAAGCUGAGCGUUUACGCCGAUCGUCGUGCUGGUUUGCCCACUCACGGCACCUACUUAUCGUACUUCUGCAUGCGUCCGACUUGGAAGCCCUCCCUCGGCACUUGGGAGGUUCUCGUCGAAAAGGACGAGUCGAGCCACCUUCCCAUGGUUCCUCUGUUCGAGCGUGAGCAGCCCGACGAGAAGGCCAUCAGCUUCUACUCACAUCUGGAUGGAUUGAGCAUUCAUGAUAUCAAGAAGUACCUAAACAACUCGAGAGUUAGGCAGACCUUCAAGUCUCUUGAGGAGCAUCAUCUUGCCACCAAAAUGGAUGAAGCCAUCGAUCGGUUACACUUGCUCAUUCCUGAAACAUUCUUCGGCGAGGCUCUCUUCAUCAACAGAGUGUUCAGAGACUACGCCCAGUGGAGCGACGGAUACCCCCGGGGCGUCGUUAUGGCAUUUGUCUUGAUCCCUGACGUACACACAUCGUCCCUCAAGAGCGAACACUUGACGUACAGUCCGUUGAGCUUCUUCCGUUGCCGCCAGCAUGUCCAUCACCUCUCGACUGAUCACCAGGUUCUCGCGCAUGCGAUCCACCGUGAGUUCCACGAAGUCCGUAACCAGCAGCACAUGGGAAAAGACAAGAAGGGUGUGGUGACGUCCUCCAACGUCGGCCGCAUGAUGCAUCGCUCCAGUACGCAUGUGCAGCGCGAGAAACAGCGCAUGAAGUCGUUGAUGCAAACCUUCACCCCUACUCGCCGCGAUAGCACGAUGCAGAAUGACACGGCCUCGGAACGCGAGUUGGUGCAGUUCACCAGUCGCAACGACAGCGAUGCUACCAGUCACGGCUUCGGCGGCAUCAUGGUUUCCACUGACAUUGCUGUCGAGAGAGACGUCACCGCCACCAAGGAAGACUCCGUCAUGGAACUCAAGGAACUGGGAUUCCGCUCUGAUGUCGGCGUUGGUGACCAGGAAUCGGUUACGUUCGCCGAUGAGCUCUUUGAGAUUGCUUGCGCCAGAUGGCGCAGGUAG